UGCAUUUUUAUCUUCUGCAUGCUCGACUGCUGCUGCUGUUGCUGCUGCAUGUGUGUGUGAGUGUGUGUGUGGGAGUGUUUGUUCCCCUUUGGAUGAGCACACACGGCUGAGGAUGCUGCUGGGAGCAUGAGUUCUGACCGAGAGCAGUAUGACAUGGUCUGUCAGAGAGCUGUGACCCUAAUUGUCGACCUCUGCCUGCAUAACAGCACCCUACUGGAUCAGGACACCUGUCAGGAUUACCUCUUCCUGUUGUCCAGCCAAAGCUCCGACCACAAAGAACCGGACGCUACUUUUGGCCUCCUGCUCGGUGUGUUUGUGGUCUGCGGCCUGGCUCUGCUGGGCCUUCUGACAUUGGUCUCCUGGAAGCUGUGCGUCGAGCCUUGGCGGACUAAGGCCCACUUCCCCACUCCGUCCCUCACCCCAGACUGCGGUCCAGAACUCUGCCCGCUGCAGCCGUCUCCCCCGCUGUCCAGCCCCCAGCAGCCACUGGUCACCAUGGCGACGGAGAAGGUGAAAGACCCCAUGGGUUCGAUGGGUUUUCUGGAGGCGGCAGUGAAGAUAAGCCAUACAUCCCCUGACAUCCCCGCCGAUGUGCAGCUCUCCAUGAGGGAGCACUUCCUGCGCCGCACGCAACGCAUGCAGAGGCAAACCACCGAGCCGGCUUCCUCCACUCGGCACAACUCAUUCAAAAGACACCUACCCAGACAGAUGCAGGUCAGCAGUCUAGACCUGGGAAAUGACUAUGUGCCAGACAAAGACGAAAAGCCGACAAGCAUUGGUCGCAUCCAGCCGGAGCUCUACCAGCAGAAGACCCUGGAUUCAGAGGAUUCAUCCAAGAACGGCAGCAGCAGAAACUGUGGCUCCAUCAACUUUUCUCUCAAGUAUGACUACGAAAAUGAGGCUCUCCUGGUCAACAUCCUCAAGGCGGUAGACCUUCCCGCCAAGGACUUAUGCGGCACAUCUGACCCUUACGUGAAGGUCUACCUUCUGCCUGACCGCAAGAAAUUUCAGACUCGCGUCCACCGUAAGACCCUCAACCCCACAUUCAGUGAGAGCUUCCAGUUUCCCGUGCCUUACGAGGAGCUGGCUAUCAGGAAGCUGCAUAUGAGCAUCUUUGACUUUGAUCGGUUUUCUCGGCAUGAUAUGAUCGGGGAGGUGGUGCUGGACAACUUGUUUGAGACAUCCGACCUCUCCAGGGAGACAAACAUAUGGAGGGACAUCCAAUACGCCACCAGUGAGAGUGUCGACCUCGGGGAGAUCAUGUUUUCACUUUGCUACCUGCCCACCGCAGGCAGACUUACACUUACUGUCAUCAAGUGCAGGAACCUGAAAGCCAUGGACAUCACCGGGUACUCAGAUCCGUACGUCAAAGUGUCUCUGAUAUGUGACGGGAGACGCUUGAAAAAGAAGAAGACGAGCAUAAAGAAGAACACUCUGAAUCCCACCUACAACGAAGCCAUCAUCUUUGACAUCCCGCCAGACAGCAUGGACCACGUCAGCCUGCACAUCUCUGUCAUGGACUACGAUUUGGUAGGUCACAAUGAGAUCAUUGGUGUUAUGAGGGUUGGGUGUCACGCCGAGGGACUUGGAAGGGACCACUGGAACGAGAUGCUGGCUUACCCAAGGAAGCCCAUUGCACACUGGCACCCCCUGCUGGAGUCCAAGAAGUCAGAAAAGGAGUGGAAGGCGAGGACAGCCAGCUUUGACAGCCAAGGUUCCUGCCCCUCACCCCGGCCCCCUGCUAGCCCUUGAGCAGAGCCACCUGUGACCCGGUAGCCCAGAAGGGGGUUUCCUCCCUCCUGCUGAUCCACGUCCUGUCUGUCUGAUUGAGGAGAAACACAACCCCACUGUCUCUCCCUCUCACUCACUCUCUCUCUCUCUCUCUCUCUCUCUCUCUCUCUCUCUCUCUCUCUCUCUCUCUCUCUGUCCCUCUUUCCCUCCCUCAGUCCCAGAGCACUCCCAUGAACUGAUCUAGGACCAGUCAGUUAGAUGUGUGAAGCAGUCUUUUCGGGUUAAAGUUUGGGGUCACUGAAUUGAGAUGCCGGUGUUGUGAAGACCUAAAAGCCGCCCUUUGACAGACAGUUGAUAUCGAGCUGUCCAAAGCUGAGGCGAACGGAUCUCUGCGUCCUCAAAGGAGACUUUCCAAAUACUGAAGAUUCAGCUCUGUGCUACAGAGACUCUUUGAUGGAAAAACCACAGUCGGAUCUCGCUCCCUGAGAGCAGCGGAAGUGUAAAAGUAUAGAAAGCAGGAGGACUCGGUUGAGAAAAAGAGACGAUUUCAAACGGGAUGUGAAGCAAUUUCAACACUCUUACGGCUCUCUCCCGCUCAUUGAAUUUCAAAGUGCUGUGUUGGCAUAAAAAAAGGGUUCUGAACUGUAGCAUUUUGGAACUAUUAGAUGUAAAGCCGCUCCAUCAGACGUUAUUGUUUGCGAAUAGCAAAACUUAAAUGAAUUUUAAAGCUCCAGCUGAGUUCACUGUACUUCCAGUUUCAUCGGUAACUUAAGCAAUUAUCUAAGAGGAGAUGGAAUGAAAUGCUCCAGUGUGUUUUCAUUAGCAGAGGAGACUCAAACUUUGGUGUGAUUCUAGAGGAAGAAUGAUUAUUGGUAAUCACACAAGAGCAAAUAGGCUGCAGUGUUACAUCAAAUUGGAUAACAAAACAACGCUUUGAAAGUGAGUCCAUUUUCCAAGUAAGUCACAAAUUGCUUAUUGGACACCACGAUAACUCAAAAUCCAACUUAAAGAGAAAAGAUGUGUCAUUUUGACAGGAUACGCGUUUGUGUGGCGGGAGCUGUGAAGGUCAAAACAGUGAGCAGACUUUACACACCCUUACCUCUGUGUCUGUUUGAUGUUUGCUUCCCGAAAAAUGUCACCCUUUUCUUCCAGAUUUAAACUCAUGUUUUUUCCUUCAAACACUCCUAAAAAGCACUUUGUUGCCUCCUCUUGUUGUCCUUCUGAACAAGCUUUUUGGUGGAUGUGUAUAAUUUCAAUGUACAGCCGGUUACUGUAUGUAUGUUUUGUUUUGUUUUUCUUAACAGAAAAUCUGAAAAAAGAAACAAUGAUAGGUAAAGAUUUAAAAAUAUAUAUAUAUACAUAAAAUGACAUUUUGAAUAUAUGUAGCUUUUUUGGUGAUGAUGGAGAAAAAUCGAAACUCUGAAAAAGGUGAACAUAUUUGUCUUUUGAAUUUAAAAAACAUGCAGAUUUCUUGAUGUUUAAACUCUCAUUAAUCAUGCUGUUGUACAGGGGGGUUACAUGUAUCUGAACCUUCGCCCAGAUCGGGGAUCUACAACAUGUGGUAAAUGGAUUAUUAAUGAUGAUAUGGUUGAGACAAAGACUGCAGAGCUGCUGCUACAUCAGUUUUCUUCACUCUCUUUGCAAUAAGUUUUUAGAUGCACAAAAUUCCAGUUAAGGCCUGGAUUAUUGUCCCAUGACUGUUAAUUGUUACACAAAACAACCGUGCAUGCAAUCAUCUUUUCAAUGCUGUUAUCUCAAAAUCACCAGUGAGGUUCAUUUCUCAAGAAAAUGAUCUUUGUAUUUUUUUUUUUUUUACAUGAUGACAUAAUCAAUCAGCUAUCAUGAGAAAACAAAAAUGUCAUUUUCUGUGGUUAUUUCAAAAUGCUAAUCACAGAACAGGAGAGCCAUGAUGCAUGCAUGGAGGAAAAUCUCAACAAGCUGAAACAACUGACUACAAGGCAGGGUUGGUAAUUUCCUCCAGAUACACUUUUUAAGAUUUUGGUCGAAAUUGUCUUUAGGUCCUGACAGAAAUUAAUAACUCAUGUGCUCUGAAAAAGGAACGAGGAAAAUCUGUUAUCUGUAGCAGUUGUAAGCCUGUAAAAACUUUGACCAAUGUCCGCCACGAGGCACAAUUAUGAUGAACCAAUCAGACGCCUCCCUGUCUCCCUGCUCGUUCUCUUCUUAUUUUCCACGUCUCAAUUAUUAUCCUGUCAUAUUGAGAAGAAAAUGAAAUAUCCUUAUUCUUCUUGACAAAAAAGCCAUUUUGUUUUCUUGAGAUAACCAAAUACAUCAACCACUUAUCAUAAGAACACUAAUGUGUUUUUUUAAUCUUCAGGUAAUUAAAUAAUAACCCCCAGCUCUUGAGAUAACAGCAUUAAAAUAAAUUGUAAGCGUAGUUGUAUUUGGCUUCUGUGCCAUUGUGAAACAUAAUAAUUCACUUUAUUUUUCCACUGUGCCCUUGUUUCCUUCCUCUACUUGGAGUUUUGUUUUGCUUUAAUACAUGUGUUUAUGAGCUCUGAGAUGCGUGUGCACACAGGGGGUAGAAGAAAAAGAAAUGAAAGCUUAUGAGAAGAUCAACAGAAGUAGUUAAUUUCUGCACCAUGCAAUGCACAAUCACCAAAGUAAGACGUGUAUCAUAUUCUAUAUUAGUCUGUAGAAAGAAAUACUAAUAAGGUGACUCAAACAAGCCCAAUCGGCUUUCACACCUCUCCUGCACCUUUUUUUAUUGUUGUUUUCUUUUUUCCAAUAAAUAUGUUCUCUGUGCGUGCAACAAGGAGACCUGGCUCUCAGCUCAAAAUAAGCUGUUAUACUCUAUGACUGGACACCGUCCUUUUGAUAAAGUAAAUGAGAAAUGUUGAAGAUGAAAGGUCGGUUUCCAUCCAAAUAUUGUAAAAAUCUGAUCAAAAUGUGUGGCAGUAAACUGGGUAUUCUUAGUUUGUGUUAGUGCUACCAUCCUUGAGAUGCAAGGCUUUUAUCAUCAGAGCCUACAGUCUCAAAGUUUGUGAAACAGUUUUGAAAAUGGGAGGAUGAGUGCCACAUAUGCCUGACCACCUACAAUCAUACAUUUGCCUGUUUUCUAUUCCGUUGAUCUUUUUCUAAAAAAUAUAAAUAUCAAUUUAAGCGAUCACAACAUUAUGGUUUGUGGUUAACUGUUUCCAGGUAUGAAUACUGUCACUUAAACUAGUUUGACUUGCUUGCAUUCCAAAUUUCAAUUUGUACACAGGUGAUACACCGAUCCUUACUUUAAAAUAAUGUCACCUAACUAGUCAGAAUUUUUCACCUGACUUUAUCCUUUCCAUACAUUUAAAGGAUACUCUGGUUACAAUAUUGUUGGACAUAUUGUAUCUAUUAUCUGUUAAUCUGCUAUUUUCAGUGCAGGGUAAGAAUUUGCCUGUUACCUGCAAGCUAAAUGUGACUCUGGUGUAUGCACCGCAUGUAAAUUAAAAGUGUAAAGCACAAUAAUUUGCCAUAAAAAAAGAGUAAGGAGACUUUUUUUUCUGCUACCCUUCUGCUGCACACGCUUCCUCAAUUCUCUGUAUAUCGCAAAUCAUGACGUUAACUUGUCAUUUAAAAUCAGAGCAAUGGAGGUAACAUAUUUUUGUUGUGAUGGUUAAACAACACAAUUUGGUUUCUGUUUGUAUUAUUUUCCCAUCGUUUCGGGCAAAGUCAAUGUAGUCGUUUCUGUCAUGGCGUAAUUGUCAAGCGCAGAUAGCAUCAGCACAUUCAGGCCAGGAAAUGUUCAAACUUGAGCCCAGAAUGAUAUCAGGCAGGAAAAGUGCCAAGGAACAUUUGCAGGUUAUAUUUGUCGACGCUUGAACAGAUAACUUCUUUCCGAUACGAGGACUAGUCACUGUAUAUUCGUAUUAUCUCGACAGCAGCCCACAGCAGCUUUUAAUCUGAUGUGUAAUAAUGUUCUUGGCCGCGGCUUGGACAGGUCUAGACUGCUGGUGCCUCAUUCAGCAACACAGGACAAAGAAAUAACAGCCAUCGUCGGCUGCUCGACUGUCCCAGCGAUAUAUCACAGAGUUUGUGAAAAUGGAGAUCUGAGCAGAUGCAUUCAGCAGACUUAUCCGUAGUCUGUUUUAGUCAUUUCCCUUUGUGAGAAAGUUAAGUACCUGUGUGUGUGUGUUUGUGAGGUUUGAGGCGUCAGCAUGGGGGGGGCAGCUGACAGGCGGACGGGGUCAACGUCUACACAGCGGUGGCAUUUCUCUAAUUGGACUUGUUGGAGCGAGAAUGAGUCAGUGCAUUAUUGUUCGUGCUUGGCGUAAUCCAUCAUAGCAUCACAAACCAGACCCCCCCCCCCCCCCCCUCCUCAGACAUGUGGCAGUUUGACAUUUGCUUUCAUUCACACAGUUGGUUUGAUGGUGAGAUUCUAUACUUACAGCAUUAUCAUAGCUUUUUUAAUGUUACUUUGGUGUACAAUUUAUGAAAGUGGUUGAAUAAUAAUGUUUCUUCCUUUUUGAUUUUGAACCCUGUGCUCUAUGAUGGUCAUAUAGUCCUCUGACAACGUGCUGUGUUUUCACUGUAGAUGAAACCUGUUCAACCCAUUGCCUCACUUUAUUUACUGUUUCAAACCCCUCCUAGCUUCGCCUAAUAUUGUAACGUUUCUUGAUAUGAUCUUGUAUCCCUUCCAACUGUUAUGAUAAUACUGAAUUUCCAAUUUUUUUAUUGAACAUUUUGUAUUUGUACUAAUAGAAAUAUUGAAGAAAAAAAUGUUCUGGUGAUUGAUAUCAACAGUUGUUAGUUUAAAAAAAAAAAGUCUACUAUGAUUUCAUUUUAGAUUUUAGAUCAUUAUCAAGACUCACACUAAAGAGUGACCCAGUGUGUAAUAAAGUAAACGAGACAGCAAACAGUGUCUGCCACUAAUCGUCUUUCUUUCUGUCUCAUCGAGUCUGAAAAUCAGCAACAGAAAAAGUGUUUUUUUUUUUCUCUCUCCCCUGGGAUGUGAUGUUUGUUCAGUUCUGUGACUUGAUUUUCUUCUCUUUGAUUAAAAGAUUUAUGCAAA